AUGAGUGCUUCGCUUACCAAAGUUGUGGACCUCACAUGGCCUGUGAGAAUUAAUAUUGGCAAGAUCUUGGGAGGUCGAGGUCGGCUGGAAGUGGACCCGUGGAGCUUCGUGUUCCCCUUGACGCCCCUGGUGUGGGUGGCCACCCUGUCCUCACUGCUGGUGCUGACUUCUGCUGUCUUCCUUUUCUCAACGUGUUUACACCUUAAGACGUCGAGUGAACGUUGGCAAGACACAUUCAACUUCAUUAGUUUAUUUCUUCAACAAGGUUUUGUUGUGCAGCAUAAAUGGUGGUGGGAGCGGGUGAUGUUGGCGGUGUGGGGGCUGGUGGUCGUUGUGCUGACACAGAGCUACGCCGGCAACCUCAUGGCCCUGCUGGCCGUCGCACACGUCAAUAACCCCAUCCAGUCCCUCCACGAUGUCCUCAACGAUGGAUCAGCCACGUUAAUUGCCAAGAAAGUCACUGAACAUGAACUGGGUUUUCUUGUAAUUAGUGAGCUCCUGUUAUUGUAUCAAUGA